UUUUAAUGAAUAUUUAUAAUUAUGGUGGAUAAGUUCCCUGUGGCAAAGUCCUCCAUGAGCUGCAGGACCAGGAGAGAUUUGCUGUGAGUCUGAGCUGAUAAAGAAUUCCGGUUUUCUGAUACCUCCAGUUCCGCCAGGGAGUUCACUCACAGAUUUUGGUAUCGGGGACUGGGGGAACUCGAGGGGGACACUUGGGUGGGGGCACAGGACUGUGGGAUUGGGAUUGCAGUGCUGGGUGGAUACUGGGGGAGUCACAGGACUGGGAAUGGGGUCAUGGGGUGCUCUGGGGGAAACUGAGGCAGGACACAUUUGGUAUGGUGGGGGUGGGACUGGGGUCAUGAGGGGGCUGGGGGACACUGGGGGGCAGGGGGUGAUGCCUGGAUUUGGGUUGAGGUCCUGGGGUGCCGCCGAGGAAAUUUGGGACUGGGAGUGGGAUUGGGGUCUGGGGACAGGCCGAGGGGGACACUGGGGGGCUCAGGGAGUGACCCCAGUAUUUGGAUCAGGUUCCUGGAGGUCUGGGGGGAGUUGUAAUCAUGGGAGUAACAUUGGGCUUCUGGAGGGCGUAGGAGAACAUGGUGUGGGAUUGGGGUCCCUGGGGGACUGGGGGCUUUGGGGGGGCAUAAGUAACCCCAGGAUUUGGGAUCAGGGACCCCGGACAUGUCCAGGGGUCUGGUGGCCAGGAGUGCCUCCCUUCACCCUGGACUGACCCCUCCCCAGUCCCUCACUGAGGAACCCUCCCCUCGUCUCCUCCGUGUCCCCUCUGUGUCCCCAGUGUCCCACACUGGUCCCUGUGGCCUCUCUCCUCCAUGGCCCCCUUGGCUCAGACCCUGGCACUGCUGGCAAUGGCCGUGGCCACCGCGGCCGUUGAUGUGGUGACCCUGGACAUGGCCCAGAACUCCUUCGAUGACCAGUACCAAGGCUGCGGCCCUGCCAUGACUGCAGCAUUGCCGGCCCUCAACCGCUCCGAGUUCCAGCAGAACAAAAAGUUUGCCGAGGUCUGGCUGAAGGCUGCAGCUGAGUGGCAGAGUCGGGGGUCCCCCGUGUCCCCUCUGUCCUCUCCGUCCCAGGCCAUCGCCCUCAUGGCCUACACCAUGGAUGACCUGUACGAGGAGUUCAACAAGGCCGUGCGCACGGCUGGAAGCUCCAGCCAGGAAUACCGGAACAACUUCCACUUCAAAACGCUGCAUUUCCUGCUGACCGACGCCCUGGAGACGCUGAGGGACACUCAGGGACCAGGGUGUCACUCUCUGUACCGGGGGGUGCGCGGGGUCCGGUUUGAGGCAGAGCACGGUGACAUCGUGCGGUUCGGUCAAUUCACGUCGGCGUCACAGAGCAAAAAAACUGCCCAGGCAUUCGGGAUACACACGGUGUUCCACGUGCAGACAUGCCACGGCGUGGAAAUCCAGGAAUUCUCCAAGUAUCCUGGCGAGAAGGAGGUGCUGAUCCCACCCUUCGAGACCUUCGAGGUCAUCAGCGUCAGCCAGGAAGAGGACAGGGCGUGGACCCAGCUCCGCUCCAGCGGGACCUACAGCAAAUACAACUGCCAGUGGCUGCGAGCUGGGAGUGUCCACCUGGCCCCCUUCCUCCUCGGAGGACUCCUCCUGGCCACCACGGCUCUGGCAGUGGCCACUGGGACCCUCUGA